AUGUUGCUCGCUCUCGUACCAUUGUGCUUCUUCCUGAUCAACGUAGAGGCUCGCAAUAGAUGCCCUACCUACACAGCAAUGGAACAGUGGUACUCGGACUUCAAUAAAUUCCUCAACCCUGGACUGGUAUGGGACUCAGGACUUUCCAGUGACGCCUGUAACGAAGCAAGAGGUGUUGUAGACUCUAAUGCACCUCAUAAAUUCACGGCGCAGAAGACAUUUUCGAGAGGUGGAUCAGUCCCAGUGAUGAUCAGGGAAACCCUACAGGAAGGUUUGCAAAACGAAUCACAAACCGAGAAUGUUAGUCAGAACGAGAUUUUCCAUAGCUUCGGGAUGUUGUAA